AUGUCGCCGUCUCAAGUCUAUGCCGCUGAAGGCCUGCUGCUCCCUCGACCAGCGCCUCUGCUCCAACCGGGAUUGUCACUGGCGAGCGCAUCGAUGCCCCAAAGUCACACGCCUCUAGACAGCUACAAAAUUCGCGCAAUGGCCGCUGAGAUCGCCAAAGCCAUUGCCUGGCUCGAAAGCAUCGGCCUGGUGCAUGGCGACCGGCGCCGUCCCAAGAUGCUCCUCGAUCAGCGCGGCCACCUCGAGCUGACCGAUUUCCGACAGCUCUCGAGUUCCCGCCGCUUGCGGAGGCACCCCUGGAGCGCAUGGCGAUGA